GCGACUGAUUGCCUCAGAGCCGGUCUAACCACGCUGCCACCAUGACGACGCUUUGGGCUCAGGUGCUCGCUCUUACUUUGUGUCUCGCACAAGCCUCCGGACACGGCAAGGUGUUCCAAGCCUGGCUGGCCGAUGACGGCGGCAAGUCCCUGCUGGUGGUCGACGCCGCUCCCAAACACCUGCUGGACAGCACCAUCUUCAGUCGACUGCUGGGACUGCGCGACACCAGCAUCGGUGACGGGGUGACCGACACGCAGGUCACGGACCCGCCGGCCGAGGGAACGGCAGCGCCGGCCGAGGUCACAGACGCCGGCGGCGACUCCGAAGGCGGCGUCUCCGGGGACGGGGUCCGGGUGACGGAAAUGUCGCACCAAGAGGCGGUGUACCCGGCAGUGGCAGGCGGUGCGGCCGGGCCGGAGACGGUGCGUCCACAGCAGCCUCGUCAGCCCGACAGCCGACUGGCCAUGCUCACACUCUGGAAACAGAUGUUGGUGGACGCCUUCGUCGCCAAGCUGGACCGUUUCACCGGCGACAGGGCACACGAAAAGAAUCACACCACACCGGUGCCAACGGCAGCAGAAACACCAAAGACGGCAGAGGAGGAACCAGAACUGACAGCUACAGCGACAGAGGAGUCCACUGUUACGCCGACAGUAGCGCCCACAAUGGCGGUAGAGACGGCAUCUACACCGGUACCAGCCUCAGCAUCAGCUGCAUCACUAGCAUUAGUGUCAGCUCUAACUUCGUCACCAGCACCGAGCUCAAGUGAAGAGACUGAGCCGACGCAGGGAGAUUCCGAAGAGAUAGGAGACACGCAGGAGACCGCAGCUCCGCCAGAAGACGAGGGUCAGAAUGCCGAUGGACUUUCCGGCCACAACAAUCACGGACAGAGCAUGGAAGGAGGGACAGACCAGGAGCUGUCGACCCAACGUCCAAUGCCCGCAUCAGAGGACAGCGCAGACGCCACGACCACCGAACUCCCACCGGUGAACGAGUAUGAGAAGGCCGUGGCCCAGUGGGAGGAAGCCUCGAUCGAUGACAAUGAUCAGAUGCUGGAGGAACUCCUCGAGUCGUUCGCAGUCAUCACCGCGCAGGGUUUUGCCGAAACGACACCUGAGGACGGCCCGACUGACGAGAUUCCCGGGUCGGGUCACUCGCCAGCUGAGCUACACUCUGGUCUCUCAGAGUCGACUGAGCGUGAACACGACGUCGGGGCCACCAAUUCGACAGAUGAGUCAAAGCUAGACGAAAUCGAGCAUACGAAGACCAUUGAAUUUGAACCAAUCGAUGCUUCAAGUGGAAUUGAAUCGUCAGGUGGCAGCUCCAGCAUUCCAGAACAAAUUGAGCACUCAGGACACGACACUCCGAAUGAUUCUGAUGAGGCCAACGCCAACACCGUAAUGCUGGAGAGCUUGAUCGCCGCCAUGAACGCUUCAGAAGACGCAGACAGUAUGCCGAGCGACAGCCAAGAACACGCUUCGGGCACCACUAACAAAGAAACUGCCCAGAAGCAGACAUAUGUCCCUGCCGGAGAUCCAAACACUCACAGUACCGACAAUCCUGAGGACAUGCACCCGCCAGCCUACGGCAGUCAGGGAACUGAAGAGACGGCCACAUACACCGACGAGCCGCUGUUCCCCAUGCGGUACCCGGACCGGCGGCCAUCUGCUCGGAGCGAGGUGCGAGCCGAGCUGCCGGCCGGCGUCGUCUCCGUAGGCGACCAGCAGGAGAUCGCCUUCACACCGACCGCCGAAACGCGGAGGACGUCCGUCCAAUUCAAACCGACAGCGGUGAUAGACGGCGGCCACUUUGACCCGGAGGAGUACGGCCUGACGGACGGGCCGCCGGCGGACUCGGCGCCCCGGCAGCGCUCCGCGCCGCGGCUGCGCGACUCACUCUCCGCCGUGGUGGAGGCGGCAGAGGCCGGCAUGUUGCUCGUGCAGCCCGACUGGCGCGGACCCGGCAUCAUGGCCGUCCCCAUGCACCGGCGCCCGCCCGCAGAGAUGGUCUGCUACCUGAUGGUGAAGCAGGGCGCCUGCCGCUGCACCCACACCAGGUGCGCCGCCUUCCGCAAGUACAUGGAGUACAAGUGCCCCGAGACGUGCGAGAAAGUGCCCGUGGCCCCGGAGCCGGCGGGGGUGUCUCGUGGUGUCCGCACCCGUCUCCUGUCGUCAGUACGUCUGCCGGAGCGGCCGCUGGGCAUCCUCAGCAAGUGUCGAGGCACCGCGCUGCUGAUGCCGCGCUGCCGCGCCACCCAGACGUAUGUGGCGCACCCCAUCUUCUGCGAGUGCUACCGGGUGUGCAGUGGCGAGUUCGCCGGCCUGACGGCUUGUCCCAGCGGAGAGCACUUCAGCACGCAGGAGGCCGAGACCCGCGUCUGUGUGCCCUUCGAGGAGAGCACGUGCCGCACCUGGUCCCGCCUGGUGACCAAGCCGUGACCUCCGGGGUCGUGACCUCAGGGAUCGCGACAUC